GAGCCCGGCUGGGCCCCAGGAGCCGCGGCAUGGGAUGACAGUGAAACUGGGAGAGAGCAGCGGGGAGGAAGGGGUGAAAAAGCUGGGCAAGAGAGCAGGAGGAGAUGAGGAGUCCCUGGAAGAAGAAGGGGCAGGAGGAGGAGGAGGAGAGGCAGCUCCAGGCAGCAGCAGCACAAAGAAAGAUGAGAAGAUUAUUAACAACACCACGAACAGCAGCCCCCCACCGAACCCCAGCUUGUCGCAGGCCCCUGCCUCCCUCCAGCCCUCCCACAGCCAGGACCAGCAUCAUUUUCUCAGGUCCAGCGUCAGACCUCAGAGCAAGAGGCUGAAGAAGGAUUCCCAGGCAUCCUCUUCAGUUGGCAGCAGCACUGCUGCAAAAGGCAAAGCAGCAGAUAAUGGAGGGACUGCAUCUGGUGGCACAUCAGGAAUUCCUCCCAGCAAUCCUGCUGGGAAUUCCAAGUCAGCAGCAAGGAACCUGGGCUCUUCAUCUGGAGAGAAAGAGGAAGGAAAAAAGGUCAGACGGCAGUGGGAGUCAUGGAGCACCGAGGACAAAAAUACCUUCUUCGAGGGACUGUAUGAGCAUGGGAAGGACUUUGAAGCUAUCCAGAACAACAUUGCCUUGAAGUACAAGAAGAAAGGCAAGCCAGCAAGCAUGGUGAAGAACAAGGAACAGGUCCGCCAUUUCUACUACCGCACCUGGCACAAGAUCUCAAAGUACAUUGACUUUGAUAAUGUGUUUUCUCAAGGGCUGAAAAAAUCCUCCCUGGAGCUUUAUGGCUUAAUCUGCUAUGGGGAACUAAGGAAAAAGAUUGGGGGAUGUAUGGAUGACAAGAAUGCAGCUAAACUCAAUGAGCUCAUUCAGGCUGGGGCUACGACUGUUCGGUACAAAGGCAGAAACCUUCGUAUCAAAGCUCCCAUGUGCAGGGCUUUGAAGAAGCUCUGUGACCCCGAUGGUGUUAGUGAUGAAGAGGACCAGAAGCCAGUACGUCUUCCUCUGAAGGUCCCUGUGGAGCUGCAGCCACGAAAUAAUCAUGCGUGGGCUCGAGUACAGAGUCUUGCCCAGAAUCCACGGCUUAGGAUGAUUGUGGAGUUACAUCGAAAGGUGUCCAGCCUCAUUGAGUUUUUGAAGCAGAAGUGGGCUCUCCAUGAAGUGCGUAUUCGUAAAACACUAGAAGAACGGCAGCUUCAAGACUCCAGAGAUUCAGAAACAAGAGGCAGUUUCUCAGAGGAGAAAGUGAUGCUUCAUCUCUUUCCAGGAGAGAAUUGUACACUCACUCCACUGCCUGGAGUAGCCAGAGUGGUCCACUCCAAGGCUUUCUGCACAGUGCAUUGGCAGGAAACUGGCAAAUGCAAACAGAACAUGAAAGACUCUCACUUACUCCCCCCUGCACAAAUCCUGGGCAUACAGAGUGGUCAGGGGACAGCUAGAGGACAGCUAAAAUACACACGAGGAACAGAAGGUAAGGGUGUUGGAAGGGCAGAGAGCACUACAGAGUCAAGCAGGACCUCCCAGCCCACAACUGAAGUUUCUGCAGGCACUGAGGAUGGUACCCCAGAACAGCCUGGCUUGCUGGAAGGAACAGCCUCAAAUCCUGGCAUCAGUAAUUCUCUCCAAAAACCACCUUCUGGACUUCAAGAUCCAGGGGGGAGCUCCGUGGCCUUCUGUGUGGAGGGCAGGGAGGCCCUGGCUGGUGACCAAGCAACUGUACUGCCAUCGUGCAGCACAGCCUGUGCUUGCAGUAAGAUCCCUGACGUGGAGGAGCUCUCUCUGCUUGAUCCAUUCCCACGGUACAUGAAGUCCUGUCAGGACCUGAUCGUCCCAGAGAAAUGUUCCUGCACAGACAAAGUGCAUGGGAAAGACUCUGCUCCAGCUGCUGGUGAGACUUCUCCUGUGGCUUUUCCAAGCGGGAGGAGCACAGAGACCUCUGACUCUAAUUCACAGCUACCAAGAGGUAGUGUGGCUUCAACUGGCAGUGGCCCAUCCAGAUCUGAAACUCAGGCUAGCCACAGCCAGGGCCAGCAGCUUGAUGCUUGUACCAAGGAUAUAACAGAUGCAGCAAUGGAGGAUUCUCAAGAGAAGCUGGGCUCCUCAUUUCCACCUCCACCUCAGGGACAAUCUAGUACAAAGUCUCUCAAGGAUGACCCGAGCCGGCUCUCUCAACAGGUUAGAGAAGAAGGAUGGAGUCUACGAACUUCUGAGAGCCUUACGCUGGCUGAAGUCUACCUCAUGAUGGGCAAACCCAACAAGUUGCAGCUAGAAUAUGACUGGUUGGCUGUCUUGGAGCCAGAAACCCAGGAUGCCAGGGAGCAAACAUCUGAGUCAAGUGCUGUUCCUGCAUGCACUGCUUUUCACAAGCAGAGACUCUUAAACUGCCUUCUAAAACUCAUCUCUACUGAAGUCAAUCCCAAACCAACACCCGAGAUGAGCUCUGUUGCCACAUCACCUAUAAAGCCUGCUCAAGAGGAGCAGUCACUGACUCCUCCAGGAAAGGUGAUUGCCAUCAGCACCAGGAGCCCAGGCUGUGCACGGAAUCAAUCUGCCCUUCGCAGCAACAAGACUUUUUCUCCUGGUGCUGCUUCCAGCUCCUCAGGUCUGAGAAACCUCCCCAGACCUCUCUUGGUGGCUGGUCCUUCAAGUUCUGGAAGCACUGACACGGAUGGUGGGCUCUUCGCAGUUCCUACAACUCUGCCCCCCAACAGCCGCCACGGGAAACUGUUCUUGCCCAGCAAAGAAGCUGAGCUGACCUUCCGGCAGCACUUGGACACAAUCAGUAUGCAGUCGGACUUCUUCUUGCCAAAGCCACGGAAGCUACGGAACCGGCACUUGCGGAAGCCGUUGGUAGUACAGAGAACACUGCUCCCUCGGCCAUCUGGAAAUCCGUCCCAGCAUGUCUGUUCCUUUUCUAUCUUAUCCAACUCAUCCAUUACAGGGAGAGGUUCAUUUCGGCCAAUCCAGUCCUCACUAACUAAAGCUGCUGUUUCUCGUCCCAUUGUGCCCAAAGUUCUUCCAACACAGGCCACCAACCAUCUGUCCAGUGCUAUUGACUUGGCAGCUAAAAGUGCUGGUAUCAUCCCUGGCAGCCCUAUGCCUGUCCUGGAUGCAGAUGGUUUGUCAGGUGUAUCUCCACUGUCACCAGAUGGAGUGACCACGGUGGUAACGGGGCAGGACUCAACAGCAGCACAUCAGAAUGGAGGCUCCAUCACCACUGUAGAGGGCUCAGGCCCUGGGUGUCGGGUUCCCUUCAUCAGCCUGCCAGCACAGCAUGAGCAGGAGCCAGUUCCUGAUGGCUUCCAGGGCACAUCAGUCCUUUCUCUGUCAGAACUGCCCAAGACUCCCCUCCAAAAUGGUCUUUCCACUCCUCCACUUCCCUCAUCAGAGGCUUCCAGCACCCGGCUCUCUCCUCCCAAUGUUUCUGCUCUCUUGGAUAUAUCUCUGCCUGGACCACCUGAAGAUGUGCUUUCUCAAGGAGAAUCUGCCACCCAAAUCAGUGAUUCUAUCAUUGAAAUAGCUAUCAGCUCUGGUCAGUAUGGUGAAGGUGUUUCUCUCUCUCCUGCAAAGCUGAAUGGCAGUGACAGCUCCAAAAGUCUUCCGUCCCCAUCCAGCAGUCCUCACCAGAACUGGAUUGCCUCUCCCAGCCAUGAUCCCCAGUGGUACCCCAAUGACUCCACAGACUCGUCUCUCAGCAGCUUGUUUUCAAGUUUCAUCUCCCCCGAGAAGGGACGAAAAAUGUUGCCAACUCCAGUUGGGACUGCCAGUGGCACCUCCUUACUGGGACCCAGCCUUCUGGAUGGGAACUCACGGGACUCUUUUGUGUCACGAUCUCUGGCAGAUGUAGCAGAGGUGGUGGAUUCCCAGCUGGCUUGCAUGAUGAAUGAGAACAGUAUAGAUUACAUAUCUCGUUUUAAUGACCUUGCCCAGGAACUAUCAAUACCUGAACCAACCCGCAGGGAAAUUCUGUUUGAUGGAGGAGGUGGUGGUCCCCCAGUUGGGGAUCUCUCUCAGUGAGUCCAACAGGCUGGUGCUGGUGUAGACUGUUCAGCUGAAGCUGGAGCUUGCAGCGCCAGAUCAGAGCAAGGGCAGGUUGAAGAGAAGCAUCUGAGGCUCAGCUGUCCCUGUCUUGUGCACUUCUUUAUGUGCACUUCUUUCUGAAAGAGAAGCGUUGUCUAAAAAGGUCUGAAGAAGUACUCGCCAGUCCUGGAAUGUGCAAUAUACUGGGAACAACAGGACAUGGAAUAGUAUUACAGGAAAAGGUGUGGCUCCUGCAUCAGUGAUGUGAGAUGACAGGUUUUUGGGACAGUCCUGGACUUCUACAUUGGAAUGGCCUAAGCAAGAAGCUCAAGCAGGGAAGGGUAUUGCCAGAAGCUCUCCCCACGUGAAUUAUGUUCUACGUAGUAAUCAAAAUGCCAUGAUUGGGUAUCCAUAUUGAAGUUGUGGAGGAUGGAGGGUGGGAAUGGGUUUGGGAACCUUUUUGCAUCUUGACGUGUCCUAGUUGAUGCUCUUUGUAUCAAUCAGUCAGACUGCUUUUUGCACUCUCUUCAAAGGCUCUAUGGGGCUUCACUUUUAUAGACAGUUCUGUUUCUUCAGAUGGGUUCUGUUGUUUGACCAUUCCAGCAGGGGGCACGUAGCUGCUUUCUUGUUUUGCAGGGGAGCUCUGAUUCACCCUACUCCCAAACUGCAUGGAUCCUUGGGGAGUUUCCUCUUCUUUUUAAACCCCAUGUCAAGAUCAUCAUUGUCAUGACUGCACUGGUAUUCUCCACCUUUGAGGUUCUUAUCACAUUGCACUGGUGGUCCCACGAGCAGGAGAUGCUUUCUUGCUUUCCCUGAGAAUGGUUUCUUUUUAAGUCAGGGAACUCUGCAGAAGAGCUUACUGGAAUCACUAUGAAAGCUUUGUUAUAAUUAGUCUUGGCUUUUCUGGAAACCUGUAUAUAUUACCAUCCUUCCUCACAAACUGAGGGUUUACCUGGGAGAGGAAAUAGGAAAGAAUAUUUUAAUGCAUAGAAACAAAUAAGUUAAUGCUGAAGUUGUUGAGAUCUGUUUUGUGUCAUGAAGAGGAGAGGUGUCAAGUCUUAGUUUAAUCACUUAGUCUUUCUGGAUUUCUUCCUUGUUCUGUGAAUUCCAGGUGCUCUGUGGUACCUCAGGGCAUCAUUUUUCACUCCCAGGCAUUAGUGGAUCUGGUACUCCCUCUGCCAAACGCCUAUGCAUUUAAUGUUAGUGUUUUGAUAUUUGAAAGAUCAGAUCCUGAUAUUAGUGUGUUCAAAGGAAUAUAAAGUUACUUUUUCUAGACCUGGUUGUCUGUCAGUCCUGCCUUUAUAACUCAGGAGAUUUUUCCUAUUUCCUUUCCUACCAGUCACGAGAGAGAAUAUCUUUAUUGUGCCCAUUUUUAAGCACUCAUCUGCUUCUCCAGUUAAGAGGAUGUCCCUUGAAUAUUUUAAGUAGCUCUGAACUUAUCCAAGGGGCUAAUCCUAUGUAAACCUCAACUUUAUAUUAUUAGUAAAUAAACAAAACUUCUCCAUCUCUUCAGCAAUUAUCAGGGGUUGAUUUUUCCAACUUGCACUAUACUUGGUGGAUGUAGUUCCACCUGCCUUUAGCUACUUUUUCAAGGCAUUUGACUGGGAGUUUCUUCUUUGUAACCUUGCUCACAAUGCACUUGAUUGGAUUUGCAGUUUUCCCAGUCACUUUACCCUGCUUUAUAUAGAUGUCCUUUUUUUUUUUUUUCUUUUUCUUUUUUUAACUGCUCUAUAUUUUACCUUAGGCUUUCUGUCAUUAAGAGAAAUGACAUGAGAACUUCUCAUGUAAGAGAACUUCUUACAUGAAGUUUUCAGAUGCACCUUCUGUGUGGCCCAGAGCAGCCUUCUUGAUGUCACUCCAAAACUUGGGAGACCUGGAUGACAUUCCAAGGCUCCACGCAUCAGGUUGCUACCUCCUCUUCUUUGAAAGAGGAGCCAUGCAGAUGUGUAAAACCAGCAUUAGUACACUUGGGUGUACCCAGCAGGGAGGCAAACCUGUGUUGUUAGCAAGAAAAUAAUCAUAAAUUAGAAGCAUGGAGAAUUUCAAAUUCCAUACCCAUGGGCUAAAUUCCUAUCCUGAGUGCACAUCAUUCUGUCUUUAUUUCUCUUUCAUUAUUCUUCCAGAACCUGGUUUGAGGAUUCUGAUGCAAAGACAGGAAAUCUUGUAGCUUGUUAAAAGUUGGAGGCUGUCAGCAGAAUGAAUACUGAGGACUGUAUUGUUCUGAGCAUUCACACUUGGGAGAAAGAUAUCCAUUGAUCUCAAGGUCACUCUUCCUAAGUUUCUUUUCAAGUUUUACUUGGAGCUGUGCUGUAUUUAGUUCAGUCUUUCCCAGAUUGUUUCCUCUUGUUUUUGGCUUCUUACAUUAGCAAUGCUGAUUAUCCUGUAUGCUAUACCUCCAAAAGUCCUUUGGACUUCCAGGACAGAAGUCAAAGGUUCCUGCUGUGGCUGUGGAUUACAGGGCAUGCAGGAGGAGAUAUUCAUUCUAAUCAAGUACUGUAUAAGAAAAAAAUAAUCUGGACUCUCAUUCCUAAACUUCUGAAUAUUGAAAGACCAGCCUGAUGGCCUCCAUGGUAUUUAGGAAGCUUGAAAAACAUUUCAUCUUCUUUACCCACACUGGUAAUGGAGUGAUGUGAGACUGGUUUUGACUCUGCUGUUGCCUAGAUUAACUCCCAGUGUUGCUGCAACCAUAUGGAAGAGCACUUCAACAUCUGUGAAGACUUUCUGCCAUCUGAUGCAGGGAGCUGUCAAGCUGCCCCUUCUCAGCCCAUUCAGCUCUUGGGGAGUAAUAGAAUUGCAGAAUGACAGCUAAUGAUGUGUGAGAUCAGGAAUCUUGAGUGUCCUGAACCCUUGCAAGUAGGCCUGGACCACCAAGUAAUAAGAAAGUGGAAAUGACAGAGGUCAGUUCAUCACUAAGAAUUUUGUGGUUAGAAACAUGUCAGCCUCUUAAAAGUUGUCAUUAUGAAACAGAAUCUGAUUUCAGAAAUGUAAUGCUUUGCAAACUGCAGUUGAAUAAUAAAGCCCUUUCAGGGCAAGUAGGUCUUACCAGGGGAAAAACUUGAAAAUAACUUAGAUGAUUGUGGUAAUUUUGAAUUGAUGCAGAAUUUGUUAUCCUUAUUAUGUGAAAGGUCACUUAAACACACCUCUGAUUCCACCCGUCCUAGAUUUCAGGUGGUUGUGCUGUGCAAUCCUGAUCAUCAACAGUUUGUGCCUAAGACUAAUAAGGGAAAAAUUGAGGGGGGAAGAGGUUUAGAAGGGAUGUGGGAGUGUGUAUGUACAGGCACACACACAGAUAGACAGACACACACAUACCUGCCUAUAUGCUUAUGUGUGUGUAUAGAUAGAUUUAUUCUUUCUUUUUUAAAACACAAAACUUGAUCAAUUUUUAUUAUUUUGGAUUCCCCAGCAAAAUCCACCCCUGUAACAAUGUCAGCCUACCCUAAGCAAACAUUCAGGGCAGUUGUACAGAAAUCCACACAGGAUUGUUUUUGAGGCGAAUGUGGCUUUCUUAGCUUAAUAUCUUAUAUUAAUACACUUAAUAUCUUAAUACACUGCUGGGGCAGUGUAAGGUGGUUGGAGGGGUCAAAUGGACACUAACAACAUCCAGUUCUAAGAGUAAUGGCUCUAGGCUUUCACUGUGGUGGUUUGGGGACUACAGAUAAUAAGGAAGUUCUUCAGCAAGGUGAAUGGCAGAAAUGUCAGUAUUUGUCACCAUUGUGAGGGUGAGGAGCAGUACAACAUCCUGCAAAUCAGAUCUACCCCCGUGGGCAUGGGUGUGCUUCCCAGGUCUUCUGCUUGGUGUUGCAUCCCCAUUACCCACACAAUUCAUUUUACUCUUUAUCACUAAAUCUACUAAGUAUAGGAAUACUAAUUGUUUUAAUCUGGCCUUAUUUAGCCUUCUUCUUGACACCCCUCUUUAUACUUCUGAAUUGAGUUAAAUGGCUUGGAUCAAAUCUUUAUCUCUAAAAGACAUCUCAUUUACUGACUCUGCAGAUCCCAGGGUGGGAAUUAAGUUGCGUUUUGGUUUUUACACUCAGACUUCAGAUGCAUUUGUAAGGAAAAUACUGCACUUUUUUUUUUUUAACCUUUUCAAACCUUUGAAUCUCUUAAUUUCACAGCAAUUUGUAAAUGUUAACUAAGUGAAACCUUGGCAAGCACUACGGCAAUAAGUUAUCAUUAAUUAUUGAAACAUGAUAACUGCUUUAGAGCUUAUGGUUCUGGCAGCAAAAUUUAAUGCUGUUUCUUUUAAUAAUAGUUAAGCCAUAUCAUCUAAGGUUUCUGGCUUGUUUGAGAUGUGAAUUUGUUUUAUAGAUUAUAAAUAUACCUAUAAUAGUGUAUGUAUAAAGCAGAAUGCCUGUCCUUACUGAUUAUUUUUUGUACCAUAUUGUAAAUUAUAUUAUUUAUUCUUUACCAAUUUUGGAAAAAGGUGUUUUGGUUAUUUAAUAUAAUAUACAAAAGCUGUUAAACUUCCUCUGUUUAAAUUUUCAAUUCAACUUGUAAAGCUGUUUUUAUUCUUGUGCAUAAAUACAUACUAAUACUUGGU